GAGCCUGGAGAUGCACACUUUUAGAAAGUUUGAAAACAUAAUAAGCAGGGAAAAAAAGAUAACAUAAGAAGAGUGAACCAAUAACUCUUUUUGAAAAAUCUUCAACAGACAGCCAUGUCUUCGAGGCCCAGAAGCCAGAAGCAGUUUUCACAGAACACGUGUGGUUUGGGGGAAAAGAAGAAAACCCAUGAUCAGUGUUGUCCUGUGUGAAAUAUUGAAGGGAGAAAGACAGCUGGCAGAGCUUAAAGCCAAGGAUGAGGAAGGCACACAGGCAUUUCUGGCAGCUGAAGGUUUAUCAGGUGCUAAAAAGUUUGAAGGACCACACAAAGGAGCUGCAGGAGGACAUUAUGAAAAUACAGGAGCGCUUUCAUGAAGCUUUUGUUGAGGAUGAAGAUGCUGAUGAUGCUCUGGAGGAAGCAAAGGCAGACAGCAAAGAGUUCAGUCAAAAGGAGGCAGAGUUAGACACGUUAAAGAAGGAGUACGCUGAACUGAUGGAGAGGAGAGAGGAGCUACAGCAUCAAGUUCAGAGGCACUCAAUGUACAAACACUUCAUGGAGCGUGUGCUCAAAAUAACAAAGUUUGAGGAUGCUGAGGCUCUCGCAGACUACGCAGAGAGUCUACUCCAUUUUCGAGGUCAGUUCUACCAGAAGGAGAUGACGUUGCAGGAUGAGGUCGACCAGCAGAAGAAAGCACUGUUAACCCUGCAGGACCAGCACAACUUGGUGGUAAUGCAGAAAAACAGUCUGCUGUCUCAGCUCCAGACCGAGUUAGAGAAGACUCAGGCCGAAGCUCUCACAUGGGAACAAAAGUGGAACCACAUUCAGGAAACAGCUGCAAAGAAGACACUAGAACUGGGAAAGAUUAAGAGGGCAAUCCUAAAUCUCUAUGAAAUGACAGCAGGUGCCAUAGGAGAGAAGGAAGGAGUUGAUAUGAAUGACACAGAGACGCAGCUGAACAAGCUGCAGAUGUUCUUUGAACAUGAAAAUGAGAUAGCGAAACAAUAUCAAGCCAGACUGCAGCCAGCGAUGGAAAGAAGCCAAACACAAAACCUCUGUGAACACAAAACCCCCCCAAAAAAUGAAUGCAUAUUCAGUUUCUUGGAAUACCAAAUCAUUUAUUACUUCAAAUAAAGGUUGAAAAUAUUGAGGUUUUUGAGCUGUUUUAAAACUGAAUAUGACUGAAUAGUUAAUAUUUUAGCUGUAAGUUAACUGAACAUUCACGUUUAGGACAGGUAACUUCAAUAAUACCUGAAAAUUCGAUUCCAUGUGCAAUCAGCAGCUGAUUAGUUGCUUUGGAAAGGCUCCUUAGUUUGUCUUCCUGACUGUAUUUAUUCAGUUAGCAGUGGUGGAGCAUUCGAGUGGAGUGGAAAAUUUCCUUAAUUGCUACCUGUGACUGUUUUUAAUUUAUUCAUUUUGUUUUUCAAUCCAGUGCCUGUUUUAUUAAACAGUAGAAUAAGGACGUAUAUGUGAACCCAGCUGUCAUCCUUAAUAGGCUGACACCUCAGACACGCGCUCCACGUCUUAAUAUGGCAGUAUUUAGGAUGUACGCUCUCAGGGACAUGAUAAGGAGGCAAAACCUCAUUAUGUAGUCCUCAUAAUAAAGCAACUUGAGGCAACUGUAGUUGUGAAUUGGCAUUACAUACAUAUACAUACAUUAUACAUACAAUACCGUAUAUCCAGAAAGCCUACAUGCAGAUGGUUUUAGGUCCACGUGACUGUGAUGCAAAUCAUUGAAAACACAGAGCACUGCACUGCCACCCUGUGGACAUCAAAGAGUAUUUCAUUUACUCAGUGAAUGAGUCCAUUUAUUUUCUUGGGCUGGUUAGACGUGCUUCUAAUUAAUAGUUAAGUAGAAGCAUGUUGGAAAUUUGCUGAGGUUGUCACAUCUCUUAAUCACAAGAUGUUUACUCAGAAUGCAGCAAAGCUCACACACAAAGGCACAGAGAUGCUCGUGAGUACAGCCCCAUGCCGUUGUGAGUAAAACAUCAGUGUAGAUGUCUGUUGGUUUGACUAAUAAAAAUGU